AUGAUCUCACUAAUGGCUGGCCCACUAUACAAGUCGGUGCGAAUAAAUACAUGGGGUACGUCCAGCCGAGCCACAAGGCGCUUUGGUGAACGUGCCCUUUCACAUUUUCCUCGCUCAAAGGCACCUUCUGUUUCAGCACCUUGGACAGCAGGUGUGCGCAGGCGCGCACUGGGCGGGGCCGCGCCGUGGGCUAUGAUUGACAUGCUCAGCGACCAAUGGAGUAGGAGGGACGGCCGGGGGCUGGCCAAUGGGAGGCUGGAGGGGGGGCGGGCCAGCCAGUUUGGUUCAUUCGAACCGCGGCUGCUGGGUUGUUCCAAGCAGAGAAAGCAGGAGAGAGCCCGGGCGCCAGGUAUCUCCAUCCAGAGAGGGCUGGUCAAUCUGGGUCAACUCAACUCACACCAGGGGCUGGAGAGGAGGGGUCCGGCUUUAGUUGGGGAACUUUUCCCGGCAGUGGCAUGGUCCCUGCAGGAAGCCACUUGCGUUCAGCUGGAGCAGGAGGUGAUGGAUGGAACCGGGACCAAUGCUACAGCUGCAAGGAUCCCCAACUCAAGCAUGAUGCUGGGACCACGGAACUCCAGUGUUUUGGAGGAUGAAGUCUCCGGGAACGGCUCCCCGGCUCUGAGAAUCAGCAUCUCCAUCACCUACUCCAUCGUGUGUGCCAUUGGCUUGGUGGGCAACCUGCUGGUUUUCUUCCUGAUGAGGGCGAAGCAAGGGCGCAACAACUGCACCAUCAACUUCUUCGUCCUCAACCUGGCGGUGACCGACUUCCAGUUCGUGCUGACCUUGCCGUUCUGGGCGGUGGACACGGCUCUGGACUUCAGCUGGCCCUUCGGCGACGCCAUGUGCAAGAUCAUCCUGUCGGUCACCGUGAUGAACAUGUACGCCAGCGUCUUCUUCCUCACCGCCAUGGCCAUGGCCCGUUACUGGUCGGUGGCCUCGGCUCUCAGAUCCCGGAAGAGCCGGCUGCGAUGCUCGGUCAGAUGGGUCAGCCUGCUGCUUUGGCUGGCGGCCAGUAUGGCCACUCUGCCCACCGCCUUGUUUGCCAGCACCAGCUCCCUGAACGGCGAGAAGCUGUGCCUGCUGAAUUUUCCUGACGAUGGCCAGUAUUGGCUUGCCCUGUACCACAUCCAGAAGAUCACGCUGGCGUUUGUCCUGCCCAUGAUCACGCUGACAGUCUGUUAUCUUCUCCUCCUCCGAAUCCUGGCUCAGCACCACAUCAGCACCAACAACCCGAAGAGAAAGUCCCGAGUCACCAGGUCCAUCACCGUGCUGCUGCUGGUUUUCUUUCUGUGCUGGCUUCCCAACCACGUUAUUACCCUCUGGGGGGUCCUGGUUAAACUCAACGCGGUGCCUUGGGACAAAACCUACUACACCUUACACGCCUAUGUGUUCCCAGUCACUGUCUGCUUGGCGCACACCAACAGUUGCCUGAACCCGGUGCUGUAUUGCUUACUGAGGAGAGAUUUCCGCCAGUCCAUGAGGGAGAUAUUCUGGAAGAUAUCUUCACCCGGCCUGAGACACGCCUGCGCCAUCCGACCUCACUCGGGCCCUUUCAAAGCCGAGCUACCGGUGGGAAUCCCUCUGAACACCAGGGAUGGAGAGCGUUGUCAGUCAGCCUCCCAGUGUACCAAGCCCUGUGUCCAGGUGUAA